GCGUGAAACUCAAUCUCCCACGAUCCUCUCAAAUCGAAUCCUUUGUUAUUACUUUCUACUUUCUACUUUCUAGUUUCCGGUUUACUGUCCUGAAAUAUAUGGGCUGAGCUGAGAUCCUCUUAAAUCUCAAUCUCUUUCAAUUCAUCGCGUGAUCUGCAAUAUCCUUGGAAUGACAAACCCUAAUAUCAUCAAUUCACUUCCUGAAUCCGCAAUCAACUGAAUAUCUCCGUUUCCAUUUCUCAGACUCCUUGAAAACUGGUAUUUACGUGAGAUUCAAAAUGGCGGAGGAGAUCAGUGGAGGCAGUGGUGGAGGAUCAUCGUCAGAUAGAGGCGGAGAGAUCAACGGAGUUGGAUUGGCGUCGAUGGACUCCUUGGAAUCACGCUGGGUCUUCCAGGACGACGAGGAGUCCGAGAUCGAAGACGAUGAAGACGACGAAGAUGCAGCCCAGCGUGCUGGAUUAGACUCUGAGGACGACGAUAAUGUGGAGCAGCGCUUGAUUCGUACUGGGCCGCACAUAGACUCCUUUGAUGUCGAAGCUCUUGAAGUUCCCGGAGCCCAGAGAAGCGACUUCGAGGAUUUCAGUAUAGGAAGGAGAAUUACGCUUGCUUUUCAGACUCUUGGAGUUGUCUUUGGCGAUGUUGGAACAAGUCCACUGUAUACCUUCAGUGUGAUGUUUAGCAAGGCACCUAUUAAUGGAAAUGAAGAUGUUCUUGGAGCACUAUCACUGGUACUUUACACCUUAAUCUUGAUCCCCUUAGUUAAGUACGUGCUCAUUGUUCUUUGGGCAAAUGAUGAUGGAGAAGGUGGUACUUUUGCAUUGUACUCCUUGAUUUGUCGGCACGCUAAGGUCAGUCUUCUUCCAAAUCAACUACCGUCAGAUGCCCGCAUAUCAAGCUUUAGGUUAAAGGUUCCAUCACCUGAACUUGAGAGAUCACUAAAAAUCAAGGAAAGACUUGAGACCUCGGUGACUCUGAAGAAGCUUCUUCUGAUACUGGUUCUUGUUGGCACUUCUAUGGUAAUAGCUGAUGGAGUUGUUACGCCAGCAAUGUCAGUAACAUCUGCUGUUGGUGGUCUAAAGGUUGGAGUGUCCACAAUUAAACAUGAGCAAGUGGUGAUGAUAUCAAUUACCUUCCUUGUAAUUUUGUUCAGUGUACAGAAGUUUGGAACAAGUAAAGUGGGACUUGCUGUAGGCCCUGCACUGUUUAUAUGGUUUUGUUCUCUUGCUGGUAUUGGGAUUUACAACCUGGUUAAAUAUGACACCAGUGUCUUGAAGGCUUUUAAUCCUAUUCACAUGUAUUUAUUCUUCAAAAGGAACUCAGUUAAGGCUUGGUAUUCGCUUGGGGGUUGUCUUCUAUGUGCAACAGGGUCUGAAGCAAUGUUUGCAGAUCUUUGCUACUUUCCUGUACGAUCAGUUCAGCUUACAUUUGUGUUUCUCGUUUUGCCUUGCCUUUUAUUGGGUUAUUUGGGUCAAGCUGCAUACCUUAUGGAAAAUCAUAGUAGUGCUGCUCAGGUCUUCUUUUCUUCAAUUCCAAGUGGUGCUUUUUGGCCUGUUUUUCUAAUUGCUAAUGUUGCUGCAUUAAUUGCUAGUCGUGCAAUGACAACAGCUACAUUUUCAUGCAUAAAACAAUCAACUGCUCUUGGUUGUUUCCCUCGUCUCAAAAUCAUACAUACUUCGCGAAAAUUCAUGGGUCAGAUUUAUAUUCCUGUCAUUAACUGGUUUUUGCUGGUUGUUUGUGUGAUCUUCGUCUGCUCAAUUUCAAGCAUCAAUGAGAUUGGAAAUGCAUAUGGUAUUGCGGAGCUUGGAGUGAUGAUGAUGACCACGGUUUUAGUAACCAUUGUUAUGCUUCUUAUAUGGCAGAUAAACAUUAUAAUCGUGCUGAGUUUUGUGAUCAUUUUCCUCGGGAUUGAAUUGACCUUUUUCUCAUCUGUUUUAUGGAGCAUUGCAGACGGAAGUUGGAUAAUAUUGGUUUUUGCUGUGAUAAUGUUUCUAAUAAUGUACAUAUGGAAUUAUGGGAGCAAGCUUAAGUAUGAAACUGAAGUAAAGCAAAAGCUGUCAAUGGAUUUGAUGCGGGAAUUGGGCUGCAAUCUUGGGACAAUCAGGGCUCCUGGCAUUGGCUUACUUUAUAAUGAGCUGGUGAAGGGAGUCCCAGCCAUUUUUGGCCAUUUUCUAACCACUCUUCCAGCUAUACACUCAAUGAUCAUAUUUGUGAGCAUAAAGUAUGUUCCAAUUCCUGUGGUGCCGCAGAGUGAAAGGUUCCUCUUCAGGCGUGUCUGCCCUAAAAGUUACCACCUAUUUCGAUGCAUUGCUAGGUAUGGUUACAAGGAUAUCCGAAAGGAAAAUCACCAAGCUUUUGAGCAGCUGCUGAUUGAAAGUCUUGAGAAGUUCAUUCGUCGGGAAGCCCAGGAGCGUUCACUGGAAAGUGAUGGGGAUGAGGACACAGAUUCUGAGGAUACCUCUUUUUCAAGGGUACUCAUAGCUCCCAAUGGAAGUGUCUACUCAUUAGGUGUGCCUCUACUGUCUGAGUUUAGGGACACAACUAUACCUAUUUCAGAAGCAAGCACCUCAGGGGAGGUGAAGCCGAUGCAGUCCUCAGAUCCAACAUUACCUGAUGCAGAGCAGAGUCUUGAGAGGGAACUAUCUUUCAUACGCAAGGCUAAAGAAUCAGGGGUUGUUUAUCUUCUUGGUCAUGGAGAUAUUAGAGCAAGAAAGGAUUCCUGGUUCAUUAAAAAACUAGUCAUAAAUUACUUUUAUGCUUUCCUGAGAAAGAAUUGCAGGAGGGGUAUUGCAAACUUGAGUGUACCCCACUCACAUCUUAUGCAGGUUGGCAUGACUUACAUGGUUUGAUGUGAUGACUUUACUUCCACAACAAGAUACAUCGCUAUUACUCAAAAUAGGAAAGGACUUGAUACUGGAGAAAGUUCAAAACAACUAUUCUUAGCAUUCUCCACUUUGAUGGAAGUUUCACCAAUGAUUACACUAUUGCUUGCACCAUUCGCUUGAUUACCGCUGGCUAUUAGAAUCUGCAGCAACAUGAAAAUCUCUGAAGUUUUGUAAUUUUUCUUUUUUCAACUUUUUAUAGUUGGCUUUCUGCAUUGAUUAUCGUUUCAAUGUUUGGUUAUUGUCACUUUUCACUUUUGCCAGUAGGUUGAUAUAUUUAUCUAGUCUUGUAACUAGGGCUGAGCAUGGUACGGUACGGUUACCAUAUUGCUCUCAAAUUAUGGUAACCGUUUUAAGUGGUAAUGAAAAAAAUUUACCACU